AUGAAUAAUGAUCUUCUAACAAAAAAUAUAAGUUCAAAAAAAGUGCAUUUUGCAUCAAGAAAUAAUUCAUCUACACAACAGUCGGACGACUUUCAAGUGAAUAAAGAGUUAUAUUUCGAUGCGAUGGACCAAUUAGAAAUUGAAUCAACAUCAACGCCAGUGCCUACAUCGUCGAGUAAACCGGCAUCACAUAUUGGAAGUAAUAAGGAGGUGGUUAAAGAAUUUACAAAUUUAAAUGAAGAUUUUAGUAAAAGACUACCUUUAAGGCCACUAAUUUCAAUAAAACCAAAAGAUGAUAAUUUAAGUUCGGAUGAUUCAGAUGAGACGAAAGAUAGUAAUAAGAAAAAACGUAAAAAGAAGAAAGCGAUUACAAGGGGUGAUAUAGUAUCGGAUUCAGAAUAA